GAAUGAGAACUGUGAUUGUUUGUGCAGGAGCGGGGGGGAUGGUGAAGGUGCGCGUGCAGCACCCUCCAGAGGCCAGCGUGAAGAUCCACCAGGUGCUGAAGGUGGGCUACGGGCCCACGUCUCACGAGCGCUCCGAGACGGUCACCUGGUCGUCGGGGGUCUCAGGGGCCCGCAGUGGCGUGUUGCCGGGGGAGAGGGCUGAGGCUCCGCCCCCCCAGGUGCGGGCGCAGACCGUCCGUGGAGCCUCCACCUAUACUGAGGCCUCUGGGUUCAAGUACUGCUUCAGGGAGGUCCGCAAUGGACAGUGCAGCUCCCCUCUGCCAGGCCUGAGGAGCCAGGAGACCUGUUGCCGUGGCAUCGGCAAAGCAUGGGGCAUCAACGAGUGCACCCUGUGCCCAACCAACUUAGGUAAUGGGCCUACCAGAGAUGGCGGAUGUCCAGCCGGGUUUGAGAGGAUCAACGGCACUCACUGUGUCGAUGUGAACGAGUGUUCACAGCCAGGCUUCUGUGACAAUGGGAAGUGUGUGAACACACGCGGGAGCUACAGUUGCAUCUGCAAGCCUGGAUACUUACUGGACGCCUCACAUGGGCUAUGUGUCUCCCAUAAUGUGAUCUCGGAGCAGAAGGACCAGUGCUACCGCAUCCUGGCGUCCGGCGCCUGCACGCUGCCCAUCCUGAAGAACAUCACCAAGCAGAUCUGCUGCUGCAGCCGAGUGGGGAAGGCCUGGGGGAGGAGGUGCGAGGCCUGUCCCUACUUCGGCUCAGUGGCGUUUAAGGAGAUCUGUCCGGCCGGGCCAGGCUACCACUACUCCGCCACCAACCUCAAGUUCAACCAGAGGCUCCUGGACCUGCACGGCACUGGAGGUCCACCGGUGGUCUCCCAGACCGGCAGCUCGGCCACGCCACAGACCAGGCCUCAGGAAUCAGCCACCGGCGGCUCAUCCUCCUCCUCGUCCUCUUCUUCAUCAUCCACGGGGGCCCAGGCUCUCUUCCCUAGGCCUCCACAGCCUGGGAGUACCGGCUCUCUCACCCCCCAGAGUAGGCCUCAGCAGCCUGGGAGCACCGGCUCUCUCACCCCCCAGUCUAGGCCUCCACAGCCUGGGAGUACCGGCUCUCUCACCCCCCAGUAUAGGCCUCCACAGCCUGGGAGUACCGGCUCUCUCACCCCCCAGUAUAGGCCUCCACAGCCUGGGAGUACCGGCUCUCUCACCCCCCAGUAUAGGCCUCCACAGCAGCCUGGGAGUACCGGCUCUCUCACCCCCCAGUCUAGGCCUCCACAGCCUGGGAGUACCGGCUCUCUCACCCCCCAGUCUAGGCCUCCACAGCCUGGGAGUACCGGCUCUCUCACCCCCCAGUAUAGGCCUCCACAGCCUGGGAGCUCUGGCUCUCUCACCCCCCAGUAUAGGCCUCCACAGCCUGGGAGCUCUGGCUCUCUCACCCCCCAGUAUAGGCCUCCACAGCCUGGGAGCUCUGGCUCUCUCACCCCCCAGUCUAGGCCUCCACAGCCUGGGAGUACCGGCUCUCUCACCCCCCUCUCUCCCACACACACUCAAUCUGGAGGCUCUGCUACUACCCUGCAGACUGCAGACAGGGACCGAACCUCUGUCAUUCGGACCCAGACCAGCCGGACGCCUGUGGAGAGACCAGCGGUAUCAGGAGUCAGACCACUGCCUGUCCCUGCCACACCCCGACCAGCAGCCCCAAGGCCAGAUUCUCGUGUGUGUGAAUCCAGGCCUGGCAUCUGCGGUGCGGUCCGCUGCGUCGACCAGCCCGGUGGACGGCAUACGUGUGUGUGUGACCCGGGCUACCAGUUCAACGCCGCUCGACUACAGUGCCAAGAUCUGAACGAGUGUGUGUUAACUCCUCGCCCCUGCGGUGCUGGUCAGUGUGAGAACACACCCGGCAGCUUCCGCUGUGUGUGCCCGGCCGGUUACCGCACCGACGCCCAGCAAAGCCAGUGCCAGGAUGUGGACGAGUGUCGGCAGGUGCCCAGUCCCUGCACUAACGGCCGCUGUGAAAACACACCUGGGAGCUACAGGUGUGUGUGUUUCCUUGGAUACUCACUCCAGGAAGACACUUGCAAAGACAUAGAUGAGUGUGUUGACCCUCAGCGAUGUCCCGGGCAAGAGUGUGUGAACUCACUGGGCUCUUUCAGAUGUGUGUCCUGCCGCCCAGGCUUCGGUCUGCUCAAUGGACAGUGCACAGAUAUUGAUGAGUGUCGUCAGAGCCCCAGCCGCUGUUCUAAUGGGCGCUGUGAGAACACGCCAGGGAGCUACAGGUGUGCGUGCCGCACUGGGUACAGACUACAGGGCAACACCUGCACAGAUGUGAAUGAGUGUGAGAGCCCUGUGCAGUGCCCUGGACAGGAGUGUGUGAACUCCCCCGGCUCCUACAGGUGUGUGUCCUGCAGACCAGGAUUCAGACUGCAGGGAGGACAGUGCACAGACAUGGAUGAGUGCAGUCAGAGCCCCAGCCUCUGCACCAACGGCCGCUGUGAGAACAUACCUGGGAGCUACAGGUGUGUGUGUCGCACGGGGUACAGACUGCAGGCCAACACCUGCACAGAUAUGAAUGAGUGUGAGAAUCCUCUGCAGUGCCGUGGGCAGGAGUGUGUGAACACCCCGGGAUCGUAUCGCUGUGUCCCCUGCAGGACUGGCUAUGAGAUAGUGAGCGGACAGUGCAGAGAUGUUAACGAGUGUGACAGGACUCCGUGCACUAACGGUGUGUGUGAGAACACACCUGGCAGCUACAGGUGUGUGUCCUGUAGGACAGGCUACGAGCUGGUCAACGGACAGUGCUCAGAUGUGAACGAGUGCAACAGAACUCCAUCGCCGUGCGAUAACGGUGUGUGUGAGAACACUCUCGGCAGUUACAGCUGUGUGUCCUGUAGGGCAGGCUACGAGCUGGUCAGCGGACGGUGCUCAGAGGUGAACGAGUGUGACAGGACUCCAUCGCCAUGUGCUAACGGUGUGUGUGAGAACACACCUGGCAGCUACAGGUGUGUGUCCUGCCAGCCAGGCUACGACAUGCUGAACGGACAAUGCUCAGAUGUGAACGAGUGUGUGCGUACCCCAUCCCUCUGUGCUAACGGGCGUUGUGAGAACACGGCUGGCAGUUUCAGGUGUGUGUGUCACCGAGGCUUCCGUCUGGAGGGAGACACCUGCACAGAUGUGGAUGAGUGUGAGAACGCCCUGCAGUGCCCCGGUAGAGAGUGUGUGAACUCAGUGGGCUCCUUCAGGUGUGUCUCCUGUAGGCCAGGCUUCAGCCCCCAGGAUGGCCAAUGCCAAGACGUAGACGAGUGCAGUCUGACUCCUACUCCCUGCUCUAAUGGUGUGUGUGAGAACACUGCUGGCAGUUACCUGUGCCAGUGUCGAGUUGGCUUUACCCUGCAAGGCAAUGAGUGCAAAGACAUAGAUGAGUGUGAGGAUGCUCUGCAGUGUCCCGGCCAGCAGUGUGUGAACUCCGAGGGCUCCUUCAGAUGUGUGGCCUGUCGGACCGGACACCACAUGCAGGAUGGAAAAUGCUCCGACAUAGACGAGUGUGACAGUGCUCAGACCUGUGGGCCUGAGAGUGUGUGUGUUAACACUGACGGCGCGUACCGCUGUGACUGCAAGCCAGGGUACAGGACCUCGGGACUGGGUCGGCAGUGCAGGGACGUUAAUGAGUGUUUGGAGGGAGAGUUCUGCUUUCCACGAGGGGAGUGUGUGAACACUGACGGCUCGUACAGGUGUGUGUGUGCACUGGGGUACCACACCAGCACCAACGGCAGCUCCUGCCUGGAUGAGGAUGAGUGUGGCAGGCCCGGUGUGUGUGAGGAUGGGCGCUGUGUGAACACUGAUGGCUCCUUCCAGUGCCAGUGCCAGGCAGGGUUCACCGCCAACCCUGAGAAGACCGCCUGUCUGGAUGUGGAUGAGUGUGUCGACUCCAGUGGGUCUGUGUGUGGCUCUCGGAGCUGUGAGAACACCAUCGGCUCGUACCGCUGCUUCAGCUCCUGUGACCCGGGCUACAGAGCCACCUCCUCAGGCCUCUGUGUGGACGUAAACGAGUGUGCCAAUGAGACGGUGUGUGGGGAGCACGCCUUCUGCCAGAACCUGAUUGGAACCUACCACUGCAUGUGUGACCAGGGCUAUGAGAUCACCGAGGAUGGCAGGGGCUGUGUGGAUGAGAAUGAGUGUGAGAAGAUGCAGGGUGUGUGUGGUGCCGCACGCUGUGAGAAUGUUGAGGGCUCUUUCCUGUGCGAGUGCCCCAACCCAGGAGAGGAGUAUGACCCACACACACGCCAGUGUAUCAGACGCUCACAACCAGGCCGACCAUCAGUCCCAGAUACCUCUUCUUCCUCCUCCUCCUCCUCCUCCUCGUCCUCCUCCUCUUCCUCCACCUCUGAGCGUGGCCCCCCUCCCCGUGCGGACGGGUCGGUGAGGUUCCUGCUGCCUGCGGCCCCCGGGGAGCUGAGGGAGUGCUACCUGAGCACGGAGGAGCGGGGCCCCUGCGUCACGCUGGCCCCCAACACCACACAGCAGGAGUGCUGCUGCACCGCCGGGCACAGCUGGGGCCUCGCGUGCCACGCCAGCCCGUGCCCAGAGCCUGGCACAGCUGAAUUUCAGGCUCUGUGUCCAAGUGGGCGGGGAUACGUGACGACCGGGCCAGCAGACCAGAGUGCUUUCAGCUACAGAGACGUGGAUGAGUGCAAACUGUUCGACUCAGAGGUGUGUAAAAACGGCAAGUGUGUGAACAACAUCCCCGGCUACUCCUGCUACUGCUCCAGUGGAUACUACUACCACACCGGCAUACUGGAGUGUGUAGAUAAUGAUGAGUGUGUGGGGGAGGAGGACCCGUGUCCAGGUGGGAUCUGUGUGAACACGGUGGGCUCACACUACUGCACCUGUGAGCCUCCUCUGGUGCUGGACGACUCACAGCGCACCUGUGUCAACGCCACUGGCCUGGCCGUCGAUGAGAACCUGGCCUUCUGUUGGCAGCAUGUGACGGCUGAUCUGAUGUGCCAGCGCCCCCUGGUGGACAGUCAGGUGACCUUCACCGAGUGCUGCUGUCUGCACGGGGAGGCCUGGGGCCUGCAGUGUGCCCUCUGCCCCGCCAGAGACUCAAACGAGUAUGAGUUACUGUGUAAUAUCCUGCGGCCCCCUGCCUUCCCCCCCCUCCCCUACCCCGAUGCGUACCGGCCCAGACCCGUGCCAGGCCCCCGGCUCCCCUACGGGCCCUACGGCCCAGAACCCUACGACCCAGAACCCUACCCAGAACCGGACCGACGCCGGCCCGACUACGGCCCGCCGGACUACGACGACUACGGAACUCUGGGAGGGAGGAGGGGCGGGCUGAGGGAGAGACCCCCAGGGUCCUAUGACCCUCCGGAUACGCCCUACACACGCACCGGACCCGGCCGUUACUAUGACGACAGCGACUACGAGCCUCGCUACGUGCCCGCUCGGGCGGCGCCCAGACCUCCGUUCGGGGCGGGAGACCCACGUAGGGAGCGAGCUUUCGGGGUACGGCUGCCCUCCCCAUCCAUCCCUGAGGGCGUGCCCCUCAGCCUGGCGCCCCUGCCCGACAACUCCCCCUACAGAGAGGAGGAGGAGGAGGAGGAGGAAGAGGCCUGGAGGCCGGGGCCCCCCUUCCCUCCGUAUGGGGACAGGAGGGGUGCAGUUGAGCCCCCCCGACGAGUUUACGAACGGCGCUACGAGUCAUAUGAGGGGCUGAGUACUGAUGAGUGUGGGAUUACCCAUGGCUGUGAGAAUGGCAGGUGUAUCCGCAUCGCUGAGGGCUACACAUGUGAUUGCUACGAGGGCUACCAGCUGGACAUGACCACUAUGACCUGCAUAGACAUAAAUGAGUGUGACGAGGCAGACACUCCUGACUGUGUUAACGGGCAGUGUGUUAACACCGACGGCUCGUACCACUGCGAGUGUUUGAGGGGCUUCUCCAUGUCCCGCCGCCCCAACGUCUGCGUCCCCGCUUAGAGCCGCCACCCUCCAACAUCCCAUAAUCAUAUGCGCCCGCACCAUGGCAACCCCUUUUAACAUCGCUCAGUGACAUUGGGGUGUGUGUGAGAGAGAAUGUUUAGAUUUCUUUGUGUGUUUUCAUUUGUGUAUGUGUAUGUCUGUGUGCGUGUG